AAUCACCUGACCUAUCGACUCACGAGCGGUUCGCGUUUCAACCACAGGAGAGGCGUUUGGAAUGGAUCCAGGCUCAGCCCCAGCUAGACGCUCUCGAAAAAAGCCAUUGUUUGCCGCACCGACGGAAUCUUCUAGGACUGAUUCUUCGACCCCCCAAAGCUCAAGAAUCGCCACGCCUCGUCCGUCGCGCUUGAGUGUCGCGAAUGGGACUCCCACUGGAUCGCGUUUUCGCCAUUCAGAGAUACAAACUCCACCAUCUAUUACCGAAACGGCGCCAUUUGAUUGGGAGGCAGCUAGGAGUUACGCGCCACCUCCGUAUGGCAUGCCAGGGCGAACGACCCGGUCCAGCAGGCUAAGCGUAGCUGGUAACGAGCCCUCUCCAUCCUCAUCCUCUCAAAAGAAGGACCGAAUUGUUAGGAAAGCUGGGUUUUUCGAACGCGUGUCCGCAUUUCCCGCCCGGAUUGCAUUCGAAAUAUCCAUGUUUCCAUACAAUGUGCCUCUACCACGUCCAACUACCUCGGGAAGUGCUAUCGGCGGGCUUCUCCACUUUAUCCAUAUUCUAGUCAAGUGGUACGGUCGGUCCCGUGCUGUUGUAAGAGAGGAAGAUCCGCUUGAUCUUUGGAAAAGCGAGGUUGAUUGGAACUUCGACGAAGAGAAAGUGCCGAAAGGGUGGAGCUGGGUCACUCCCUUCUCUUUGUUAUUAUUUCUAAUCUCAUUCGCCAAUGUGUUGUACUUGUUCACGCGAUUCCGCACGUACCAUCUUCAUCUCCGUCCAGAGCUUGCACCCAGCACGCACGCUUCACUUGUCUCGAAAGACUUCUUAUCCCCGCCAACUCCAACUUCCGUUCCACAAAAAAUAAUGAGGCUAAUUGUGCAAUCUCUCACAAUAGCAUGGCGCCUCGCUGUCGGCACAUCGCCGGCACCCGAAGACUUAAUUCCACUCGACCUACAGCCUAACUCAAACAAAGUUCAGCAGUUAGAUGUCUGGUUUCCGGGUGAUUUUGAACUGGCACUUUUCAUCAUAUACUCACCAGCGCACUGGUUUGCGUGGAAGAUAUUCUCCACAGCGAAUUGGUUUUGGUCGCUGGCCCUCAUGGGAUUAUUGUCUUUACAGGUGUAUGCACUUAUUUCUGCUUACAAGGCACUUAUCAAGGACAAGGAAAUUUUGUCCGCUGAAGUCUUACACGAAUAUGACAGUAAAUUUGUGACGCCGCGGCUGCACCGAGUCAUGCAUGACAAGUGUGUUAUGACACAUGAGGCAGAAUUUGUAGAUUCACCGUUUAGAAGAAGCUACCGAUAGAGUUGUCUGGCUUUUGCACAGUUGUUUGGGUCCAUUCCUACAAGUGCUCCAUCCUUGACCGGUUUACUUUAUUCCCAUCGCCCUCAACAGGCAGCUCAGUACCACCCUUACCAUAUUAAUAUCAUUGCCACAGCAAAAUCAAAUCCGAAUGAACUUAACCCGCCUCUCGAGCAGGAGCUUAAAUAGAUCAAUACACUCCA